AUGUCAUAUGUUGACAGUCAGAGCGUUUUCAAAGCAAGAUGCGAUGAGAUAAAGAUCUCAGCGUCGACGUACGAAGAGCUGCACAGAAAGGGUUGGUCAACCUUUGGAAGUUACGCCUUUUCAGUGACGACCAAUCCUGGCCAGUUGACAGAUGAUGAUUUCGAUACAAAAGUUGCAGUGCCUAUCCUGGGCAGUUCAAAUGCUCCGGAGUCGGCGUUGUUACGCCGUUUGCUCUUCGAAUCAUACACCCUGACUGCAACUGAGCUGAAGCGCAAAGCAGACAAUACAGAGAGUGAUGCGCCGAAGAAGCUCCCCAUACAGGAGAUAGCGGCUAGGUUCACGGCAAUUGAGAAGAAGCUUCAGCCCUUGAAAAUCGAGAGUGUGCUUGAACCAAGCCAUGCGUUAGUGAACGCUUUGGCGCAAUGUGCAGAGGACGGUCGCUUGAGGUACAUUGAGUGGUCUCGUUGCACUACGAGGUCGUCAGAGGUGAACAAUGUGAAAGAACAACAGAGCCUUAAGGUUUGGAAGGCCGAUGCAUCUGGAACAAUAAAACAGACGGAGGCCGACUCCAAUCUCAAGUGCGAGGUCUCAUCAGAACUUGAAGUGAUGAACGCCAUGAGGAGGCGUGGGAUUGCAUACGAGCUGGCAAACCUCAUGAGUUUUGAAAAGCAUGAGCUGAUAGUUAACAUGUUGUUCGCAGAGUUGCAGAGGGAGCCAAUGGGUGGUUUCAGGAAGCUCUCCAUGGGCCAACUUGCAGCAGCAGACCGUGAGAUUCACCUGAAGUUGUCUGAGAAGACACGAGCGGGCCUACCACUUGGGCCGGCAGGUGAACUUCCCCUAGAUGUCCAUGUGGAAGCUGUCUUGGAGAUGCCUGCCAUCAUGUGGCUCCUGAUGCAGAAACCGAAGACGAAUGCAGCGGUGGACAAAGCACCGGCUCCUGUCAACCCUCAGCCGAAGCCCAAGAACAAGCCAUGGUCACCACCGAAAGGUGGCAAGUUUGACAAGAAGAACCGCCGCUUGUCGAAGACACCAAUGCCAGCUCAGCUACGAGGUCAGACAAGGACCGAAACAAGUGAGGUCGAAAAGCCGGCUUCUGUCCCCACUUCUGCAAAGGCAGCACCGGGGAUUUUUCCUUCAGUGGAUAUCAUCCAGGAUGAACCUGUGUCCAACGUUGCAGUCGAAGGGCUGGCAACGCCUUUUACUAGUCAGCGAAGGUCAGCUGACACAAGUUUUGGGGGUGAGCCCCCUUUUGCAUGCAAGGGCGAAGGCCCUAGUCCAGCACUGGAGGGCGCGAAGGCGCCACCUUUUCUUUUGGAGCUUUUCUGUGGAACUGCAGGAGUGUGUGCUCAGUUUCGUACGCAAGGUGGAAGGGCCUUGGGUGUGGACCAUCACUUGAAGAGGGCCAAGCUGAAAGCUGCAGCCGUUCAACUGGAUUUGACCCAGCAGUGGGUACAGGAUCUCAUUGUGAAGGAGAUCACACUUGGCCGCGUCUCAGGUAUACACCUGGGCCCACCUUGCGGCACAGCGUCCAAGGCCAGGAACAUCCCAAUCAAAAGGAAACUUGUGAAAAGAGGAGCUCCAAACCCUCAGCCUUUGAGGAGCUCUGCAUACCCAUUGGGAUUUCCAUGGCUGAAAGGGCUGAACAAAGUGAAAGUGCAAGCAGCAAACUGCCUGUACGAAUUUUCAGCCAACCUUGUGAUGCUGUGCGAGAAAUAUGAUGUGCUGUUUACGGUGGAGAACCCUGAGAACUCCCUGAUGUGGGAAACUCCAUUUUUCAAACCUCUUUUGCAGCGUUUUUAUUUCCAUGUCAUUGAUGCCUGUGAAUACGGUUCCGAACAUAAGAAGUCCACUGCAUUCCUGGCCAACUUCGAUGCCCCUAGGCUCAAACAACGUUGUUCUGGCGAUCACAGUCAUGCGGCCUGGAAGGUCAGGCAACUUGAAUCAGGUGACUGGGCCUUUGAUACGGCCAAAGAAGCCGAAUAUCCCAGCAAAUUAGCACAUGAGUUGGCUGCCUCUUUUCUGGAAGAACUGGCAAAACGUGGAGACAUCUAUUUGCAGGAUGAACUAGUUGACCAUGCAGUGAAAAUUUCGGCUGAAUCACAGCCAAGACGUACGAAAGGGCCACUCCUCCUUUCUGAGUUCAAGUCGAAGGUGGCCAUUGAAUGUGUGGAAGAUGACAAUCCGCCACUUUGCAUUCCAGAGGAUGCAAAACCACCGUGGCAGGGCAUUCCUGUUGGUGCGAAGAGACUUGACCUGCAGCCGGUUAGUGAUGGAACAGGGGGUAGUGGCCGUCUGAAGGCAAUUUACGGGGUCUAUUUUUCCCCUCAGGAAUUUGUGCAGCGUGUGCAACAACUGACACAUCCAUUCGAUGUGCCACUCCCUUUGGAUGAGUCAAACAUGGAAUCGAUUGUUUUCAUUUUGGAAAGAGGCCCUGCUGGAGUAGCAAAGCACAGAGCGGACAUGCUGCAGCAUUACAUUGGGCGUGCAAGAGCUCUACAACAAGACGAGUUAAAGUUGCACGAGACGCUGAACGAGUCAAUUCAACCGGUGAUGGGCAUCGACCAUAUUUGUGCGACAGCUCGCUUUUUUCUUGGAGCUAUGAGAGACGAGCAUCGUUGGCGCAUUCCUGGUGAAGAUGGUGUUUCAUCUGGGUCUAUAGCAGCAGAGUGGCGUUCAACGAAGUCCAGGGACUUGGUAGGGCGCUGCUUGGAUUUAAAGCAUGCCUACAAGCAAUUAGUGCGGAAUCCUUGUGACGCAUGGGCGUCGAUCCUUGCUGUGGCAAAUCCAGAGGACAACAAUGUCUACUACUUCGAAGCCAUAGCCCUUCCUUUUGGAUCUGUUUCUUCAGUCAUUGGUUUUAACCGUGCUGCAAGAGCCUUGCGUAUGAUCUUGACACGUUUGUUCAAGCUUGUGGUUACAAACUUAUUUGACGAUUUUUGCCAGAUCGAGCUGGCGCCUAUUUCCGAUGGAGCGUGGAAGACGGCAGAGUUGGUGCUCACUUUGCUUGGAUGGAGAAUCUCCAUGGGAGAUGAAAAACGCAAGGCCUUCUCGAAAAGGUUCGAGAUAUUGGGGGCUAUUGUGACCUUUCCCCCACCAGGAGGUGAAACCAUAGAAGUCACUAACAAGGAGUCCAGGCUUCUGCAGUUGAAACAACAGGUAAAUGAACUGAAAGGCUUCCUGAAAGCCACUGCCCCACGGGCGAUGCUGGAAUCGCUGAAGGGGAGGCUCCUCUAUGCGGCAGGCCACACAUACGGCCGAACGACACAACUGGCCUGUCAGCUCCUCCACAAAUUUGGAGGUCAAGGACCGUCAGUUACAGUGACGCCGGAGUUGGUCCACGUUGUCUCUGAGGCCCUUUCUUUGCUGAUGGAGGCCAAACCGAGACUGGUGCAAUCCUGGUCCGAAGUGCCGCCCAUAUUGUUGUUUACCGAUGGUGCGGUAGAAGAUUCGCUGAAAUCAGUCACCCAUGGCGCUGUGCUUGUGGAUCCUUGGAAACAGCAGUCAGUUCCUGACUACUCAAUUGCUUUGAAAGCCCUGGAGGACUCUUGGAAGCUGGUUGGAUUGAUUGAAAAGGGGAGGUGA